AUUCCGCAUAUUUAUGAAAACCGCUGUAACAUUCUAAAAAGAAUUCAGCAAGUAGGCAUAACUAACAAUGACCACCUGGGCUCAGGCCAUUCACCAUCCCUGGUUCGAUCCGUUACCUGCGAAGCGUAAACUGUCCAACGCGGAUGACGAGCGCCGUGCAACACCCUAUCAGCGCUCGUCACCAAGCCCCACGAGCCGCGCCAAACGACGCAAGUUCAAUACACUGGAGCAUGGGUUUGCCCACCUCACGCUCGCAUCGGCGCCGGUCUACCCCAACUCAACGAGUGGGCUGGUGAUUACACCCAUUAAUUCCACUGUUUCAUCUUCCGAAUCUACGACAUUUCCACCUUCUAGUAUCGUCCUCCCCAGCUCUGUCGAGGAACCGCCGCAUGAAGUUGAAGCGGUGGCGCCCGAGGUGAACAUGGAGAGUUUGGACGAGGGAGAAUGUAAGCAUAUUUUAGAGUUUAUCACAGAUGUCCUGACUGGUUACGCAGACACUGGCAAGAUCAAGGCGACUCGUCACUAUUCGAUAUCGACGCCUUUGCUUCGGCGCCUACGAAAACACCAGACGGCACCGCAGCCUAUUAUUCCCAUCUCGUCGCCCAGUACGGGAGGGGGUGCUCUUGUGUUGUAUCGGCCGUUGCGGCCACUUUCCCCCACUCAUCAAGUCGAUGAACAAACAGAGUCGGUAGAGGAGGUUACCACGGCCGGUGCUGCGAGUCUUGAACGUGAUGAAGACGCGAUGGACAUAGAGUAGAACGAUGCGCCCACUCAUUUGUUUGGUUUGGUACUUAUUAAUAUCCUAAAACGACACAUCGACUUUACGAAAAACA